AUGACCAGCAGGGGCCCCGGGAGGCUGGCUGUGGGGAGAGUCAAGUUCUUCAGCCAGCACAGGGGCGAGGUCAACUUCUCUGCCUUUUCCCCCAGCGGCCAGAUCCUGCUCACAGCCUCGGACGAUGGCUGCGUGUAUGGUUGGGAGACCCACAGCAGCAGGCUGCUGUGGAGGCUGGAGGGCCACACAGGUCCCGUCAAGUGCUGCCGUUUCUCCCCGGACGGCCGCCUCUGUGCCAGCACGUCCUGCGACAGCACCAUCCGCCUCUGGGAUGUGGAGAGAGCCAAGUGUCUGCGCGUGCUGAAGGGCCACCAGCGCAGUGUGGAGACCGUGAGCUUCAGCCCAGACUCCAGGCAGCUGGCAUCGGGUGGCUGGGACAAGCAGGUGAUGCUGUGGGAGGCGCAGUCGGACCAGAUGCUGCAGCUCCUGGCCGGGCACCGGGACUCAGUGCAGAGCAGCGACUUCUCCCCCAGGGGCGACUGUCUGGCCACUGGCUCCUGGGACUCCACUGUGCGCAUCUGGGACCUGCGUGCAGGGACCCCGGUGGUCUUCCAGCAGGAACUCGAGGGCCACCGGGGCAACAUCAGCUGCCUUUGCUACUCUGCGUCGGGCCUCCUGGCCUCCGGUUCCUGGGACAAGACCAUUCAUAUCUGGAAGCCGACAACCAGCAGCCUGCUUGUACAGCUCAAGGGCCACAGCACCUGGGUCAGGAGUAUCGCCUUCUCCCCUCAGGAGCUCUGGCUGGCCAGCGCUGGCUACUCCCAUGUGGUCAAGGUCUGGGACUGCAGCACAGGGCAGUGCCUGCAGACUGUGAAGGGAGUCCUGGAUGUGGCCCACACCUGUGCCUUCACCUCUGAUGGGAAACUGCUGGUGUCUGGGGCUGCAGACCACACAGGACGCAAGGGCCGCGGCUCCUCUGGGCGCUCGCAGGUCUGUGGGAUGUUCCAGCGCUGCACGUGGCCCGACCUCACCCCGACCCCAGCAAAGGGCACACAGAUAGGGUAG